AUGGUAUCCCUUGCCGGUUUUCCUGUCUUGCCUGACUUCUUGCGCUGCCAGGCGGAUAUGGGGAGUGAGAAUAACACCACACGUGCCUUUCAAGGUCUUGCCAACGGCCAUACCGUCUGCCAGGAGAAUGCCGAACGUCUUUCCAAAGUGAUACAUGAAAAGUAUGCGAGUGAUGGCCCAGAAUUGAUGCGGCUUUACGGCAAUACUCAGCCCUUGAAAGCGGUGACAGUCGACCUUCUCGCGUCGGUUAUUGUCCGCUAUCUCUUCCCUCAGAACUUCAAUGUGCGGACGACCCUCGGGCAGGGAACGACCAUUAUGGAGGGCAUCUUCAUUGAGGCCGUCUGUACGGCCCAGUUAGUCUUUACCAUUUUUAUAUUAGCUAAGGAGAAGCACCGCGCUGCGUUCAUUGCGCCUAUUGGUAUUGGCAUGUCGCUGUUUAUCUCCGAGAUGGUUGCUGUACAGUUCACUGGGGGCUCGCUCAACCCGGCGCGCAGCUUCGGUCCUUGCGUGAUUACGCUGCAGUUCGACAAGGAACAUUGGAUCCACUGGCUGGGUCCCGUGAUCGGUACAGUGGCAGCCGUGGUAUUCUACCGCUUCAUCAAGACUCUGGAAUACGAGAUGGCGAACCCCGGCCAAGACGACGACAUCGACGUUGAGGAACUGGCCCAGAAGGACCCGGAGAAGCUCGAGCAGCUCCGGGGCACCCCCAACCGCAGCAUGGUGGCGCCAGGACACUCAGCGUGCGAACCAAUACCCGCACUAUGUCCAUCCGCCAGGGCUCGGAGCUGGGACUGA